AUGUUCGACUGCACGCCGUUCCACUUCCGGGCCUGCUACAUAGAUUACUGGCUGUGGGCGACGGUACCGGGUCUGUUUCUUCCAGUCGGGGUGGUCGGCAACACCCUGAACAUUAUCAUCUUAUCCCGGAAGCGAAUCCGGAAGUUCUCCACAAGCGUCUAUCUUAUGUUCCUCGCCGUCUCUGACAUGUUGUUCAUGAUGAGCUCGUGCCUAGCAGAAACGGUGCAUGAGAUGACGGGAAAACGAUUAGAGGUCACCUCUAACUUUAUGUGUAAGACCAACAACUGGAUCGUGCACACUUCCGCAGGAUUCUCCGUUUGGCUUCUCGUGUUACUAACCAUCGAGCGCGUUCUUCUCACCAAAUGGCCGUACGUCGCCAAAGCAAGGCUGUCGAGCCGGAAUGCUCUGAAAGCGUCAUUGGUAACGGCGGUCGUGUGUGCUUUGUUCCCAGUGCACUACUUCUUCGGGUUCGAGAUACGGCUUGCUAUAAACCACAUCAAUCAAACGAGGAACACUUGCCAACCGCUACCUGGUGAAUACUAUUUAUUUGAUCAGUACCCGUGGAAGGUUAUGAUUUUGGUGGUGCUCAACAUUAUCCCUAUGUGUUUAAUAACAGCGGGUAACCUGGCCAUACUGGCCACGAUAGUAAAACAGAAGCGUUCGCCUUAUGAGACAGAAACCUCUUAA